UUUUUUUUUAAUGACGGAUUUCUAAGGAGCACAUUACAUAAAAUUUUUUAAUACAUAAUAUUUUUAAAUUCUCAAUAUAAGUGUACUAAUGUCAUGGAGAUUCUACGCAAUGUUGAAUGGUGAGAUAUUUGUUACCGGUCUCAGCCAUUUUGAAGACGCUAUCGGCUUUGGUUUUCUCAGAUUAUCAAAUUUUUUUCGUCGAAAAAACUUGUAUUCGUCAAGUGACAUAAAAAUUAUCAACUCAUCGUAUUUGCAAUAAACAAUACCAGUUUUUAAUUUUAAAACUUGAUCAAUUUAAUCCUACAACCUCAAAGUUCUGAAAUUUUCAGUUAUGAAAAGCGAAGAAAAUUUAAUGUUGAACAGUGAUAGAGAAAAGAGUAGAGAGCGUGAUAGAAAUCGAAGAUCUGAUCGUCCUAAUCGUAUAAAUUCGGAUAGCCGAGAUCGUAGUCGUGAUCGUAAUGAUCGGAAUAAAAAAGUUGCUGAUCGAAGAAUUUAUGUUUCAAACAUUCCAUAUGAUUUUCGAUGGCAAGAUUUAAAGGAUUUAUUUAGAAUUGAAGUUGGUAAAGUAGCCCAUGUUGAACUUUUUACUGAUGAAAAUGAUAAACCAAGAGGUUGUGGUAUUGUUGAGUUUGAAGAUUCUGAAUCAGUCAAAGUAGCAGUUGAAAAAAUGCAUAGAUUUGACAUAAAAGGACGUAAACUGGUUGUCAAAGAGGAUUAUGAUGUUGAACGUGACAAAUAUGGGAGAUUAUCUACUGGUCGUAAUAAUGAGAGAAAUCGUGAUGAUCGUUUUAGGGAUCAACCAAGACUCAGUUCUGUUAGACAAAAUAUAUCAUCUCAUACUGGAGGUAGUAUUGGUGGAGGAAAUGGAGGAAAUAGUGAAAAUAAAUUUGGUAAUACCUAUGGAUUAAGUGCUCAAUUUUUGGAAUCUCUUGGUAUUAGUGGACCUUUAGUAACAAGAAUUUUUGUAGCAAAUCUUGAUUAUAAAGUUGAUGAAAAAAAAUUAUUAGAAGUAUUCAAGUUAGCUGGUAAAGUAUUACAUGUUGAAUUGGGUAAAGAUAAAGAUGGUAAAUCAAGAGGUUUUGGUGUUGUUGAAUAUGAUCAUCCGGUUGAAUCUGUUCAAGCUAUAUCUAUGUUACACAACCAACAGCUAUAUGAUAGACGUAUGACAGUUAGACUUGAUAGAGCUAAUGAACCUGAUAUGCCACCUAAGUUACCAGAAGGACUUAAAGGUAUUGGAAUGGGUUUAGGUGCUGGAGGUAAUAGAUUAACUGAUGUGGCUAGGAAUUUGCCAAGUGUACAACCUGCUAAUCCCCCAGUUGUAAAUCCCAUUUCGGGACCUGUUCUUGCUACUGGUGCUUUUGGAGCAGGAUUAAACAAUGUUGUUCCUGCUCAAUUAGCAACAGCUCUUACAAACAGCAAUGCAGCUGCGCUUCAAGCUAGUUUAGCGACUGGUUUGGGAGCCAACUUAGCGACUACUUCUUUGCUAAAUAACUCUCUAACUAAUGAGCUGGCGUCAAAUUUGAAUAGCUUCGGUCAAGGAGCAGCCAGCUUAGCAAGUCUUCAGGCUUCUUUGGCUCAGUCAAGUAAUACGUUCGCUCCUAGAGGCUUAUCCAAAUUGGAUAAUGAUGUUUCCUUUGGUAAUAAUAAUACUUUUGGAAAUCCUACAUUUGGAGGAAAUAGAGAUUUUGAAAGUAGUUUCAACCGAAACGAAAAUGAGCGAGUCUCUGUUGGAGGUGCAACAUUUUCAACAAAUCCUCAUCAGGCUGGAAAUAAUAGACAAACCACAAAUGGGUCACGACAGAUGUCAGAUACUAUUUUAAUUGGAAAUUUACCUCCCAAUACAACGUGGCAAGUACUAAGAGAUAAGUGUCAAGAUAUUGGAGAAGUAAAAUUUGCUGAAAUGCGAGGUGCUGAUGUCGGUAUGGUACGUUUUGCAUCAGAGUGGGAUGCCGAACGUGCUGUAUCUAUGAUGAAUCGAUCUCGUUUUGAUGGUAGAACACUUGAAGUGCGACUUUAUUGAACAACUUUUGUAAUACUAAGCUUUACAGUAUCAUCCUGACCUGGAAUUUUCAUGCAUGCCAAACAGAAUUCAAGAUAGAAUGGCAAUGCGUUACAUUAGUUUUAACUAGUUAGGUGAUCAAUUCCAACAUAUUCCUCCGCUAUUCUAAGACAUUUAAAAUGCAUAAAUGUUGCUAGAAUCAAUACAUUACUUUACAGCACUAGUAUCAUAGAUUGCUCAUGGAAAAUUUCUAUUUAUAGGUAGAAAUUUUAUAGUAUCAGCCUCAAUUAUAGAUCAAUCGACGAAAUUAUUAACCAACCAAUUUAAGUACAUACACACACGUGCACGCGCAUACAGGCAUUAUGGUAAAUGGACACAAAUGUGAAUCGAUCAAUUUACACAGAAUGAAUUUAUAAUAAUGCAAUUAACAUUUCUGUUCAUAUUAGACAACGUUCUUGCUAUUCAAAAUUAUUAUGUCAUUUUUAUAUCGUAAACUAACAUUUAACUUUGAAACAUUCAAGACUAGAUUUUAAAUAAUUAUAAUAAUAUCGAUAAAAGCUUUAAUUUGAGAUUAAAAGAGUUAGACAUCAUUUACUAAAAACAUAAUUAUUUCUGUAUAGUAAAACACUAUUUUAUUCAACUCACAACAUUCAUAACUGAUCGUGAGAGUCGAUAAACGUUAAAUUUCAUUUAUUAUAAGUACUCAAUAUGAUUACAUGGAAGACUGUAAUCGUUGUCUAAAUAUUAAAAAAGAUUUUAUGAAUAAUCCUUCGCAUUAUGUAACUCUACAAUGAAUGUAGUGAAUAAAUAAUGAUUUAAAUAUUCUUCGAACUAGAUGAAUUGGAUGAAUGGUAAGUGAAUUAUUAUUAAAGCAAGGUAAUUGCACGAGUUAUGCAGCUCUACUUUCUGGUAAUUCUAUAUCACGAUAAAGGAAAACAGUUUAAUACUCAAAGAUAGAUUGAUAAAAAAAAUGUUUUAUUUUUACGAAAAGGUUAAUAUGGGUUAUGAAAUUAUUUGAGCCUGCCCAAGGGGACUCUAGCCUAAAUUUUGACUCUUAUCAGUUAAUGCUAGAUACUCGUAAUAUCCCUUCUGUUAAUAAAAUUAAAGUUUAAUUAAAAUUAAUUUUUUCAUAAUAUUAUUGAUAUCCAAUAUUUUUAAUAAAUAUUCUUAAUUAUAACAACCUAUAAUUAGCGUAGUACACGUCUGUAGUGAAAUCGUCAAAAUAUCAAACUUGCAUUUUUGGCAACGAGAAAUACACAUAAAACUAUCCUAGACCUCCAAAUUCCUAAAGCUUUAUAGUUAUUUAAGUUUUAUCCCUGAUUUUGUUAUAACAUCUUGAGCAUUAGUAACACAGCAUGAAUGAAAUAUUAAUUGUAUGCAGAUAAAAAAACGUGCUGUCGUAGUGUUAUCUUAAAACUAUUUUCCUUCUAUAUAACGUUAGGUCCUAGGUCAGAUUUUCA